CCCCAGAGUAUAAACAACCAACGUCGCACCCAAAUCUUUUCCUUCCCUCCCCAUCGAUCAUCAUGAGUAACUCAAUCCCCUUUAGCCAACGCUGGCUGAGCGCACACAUCGUCAGAACUUCGCAAGAUGUUCUCGGCUUUUAUUAUAGCCCCAACGACGGGGUCUCCAAGAGCUGAGCUACUUAUCAAAGCUCUUGACGGUGGUGUGACACAGGCGUUGCAAACGCAGUUCACCACCCGUCAGCCAAUUCAUUGGAAUCGAACAAACUCUGUUGCGAGACCUCUGGUUGAUACCUGUUCCUUUGGUGUGAGAAGUGUUGGAGAUAGAUUGAAGAUUGGGGGUCGAGGAGGAAGCUGAGACUGAGAAGCUGCGAAACUGUUACUCGCUGGCAUUUCUAAGCUGUUUAGACACGAAUUGGCUCGUCAUUAACUAAGACUGAAAGCCAACAUACCUUGACUCAAAAGAAACUCUGUAAUCAUGGAUCUCAUGAUGCUGCACCAUUUCCCUCAUCACGCAAAUCAUCUUUCCUACGCUGCAACGACCUCCGCAGCUUCGCACGAUAUCCAUACCAAUAAACGACUUUCUUCUUUGAUACCUGGAGUUGAUAACCUGCUGCACGGAGACCGUUCAAACUUCUUGGGAAGCGGAAAGCCCUCGCGCGAAGCCCGCUUUCAAACCGAGCAAGAAUCAGACAUGCAGUACCUGCCACUAGAGAUUGUGCAACUUAUAUUUGGGUUCUUACCAGACAUAGAGUCCAUCUGUGCCUUGUCUGCGACCUGCCGCCUCUUUCACCGAGCCUACGCCAGUUCACAGAAGCUUAUAAUUGUCCACAAAGUUCUCGAAACCCAAUUCGGCCCACUCCACGACGUUACACAGCUUGUGACGCUCAACUCCAGCGAACUCCCUCAUCAGAACCGUGACCCAUGCUUCUCUCUUGCAUUGGCCAAGCAGAUUGCCAAAUGCGGGCGAACUGCCAAUAGAUGGGUUGCGCUCUACCCCAUGCUUCGAUGGCGCGUCAAGCCGGAGAACCGGCGCUUUCUCCUCCAGGAGGAAAGACAUCGACUUCGUAGGGCCAUUUACCGACUUUGGACGUACAACUCGGCCUACACCAUGGAUUUCGAGGCCUCCGUGGGCCCUAGCAUCCUGAGGCAAUACCGGACGCGUGAGCUGCGCGAGAUCGACGAACUCCGCGCAGUAUUCCGUGAUACUCUCACCCACGACUGCUGCCUUUCCAACUCCGCGGUCCAGUUGCACUACAACCAAGGGCAUCCGACGCGCGAUCUGCUCUACUUUGGUACCUACAGCUCCUAUGGCAAUGACGCGAUGCUCGCUCCCGACAAGCUGGAAGGCAAGUCCGUGAGGGAUGCCAUGGCCGCUGAGUCCUGGGGAGACGACAUGUCCGUAGGUCGCAAGAUCAUGCGGCUGCUCUACAUGACGCCGGACGCGCUGCUCGACUUCCACGACGGGUGCACGUGCAAGACUGAGCGGGUGGAGUUUUUGGAGAAGAUAGGUUACGAUAUUAGCUACGGGUGGUACGCCGGCCUUUAUGCGGAUUCGUAUCCGAGUGAUUCGUGCCAGGUUGUGGAAGAGGAGAGAGGUGAAGAGCCUCUUUCGGGAAUUGAGCAAGAGUGGAUCACGGAGGAUGAGGGGUGGAUGAAGAUGGAAGAUUUUUAGUUCUGUAGGAGUCGGUUUUAGAAAGAGGGGGCAGUUGUUAUAUUCUAGAAGUCUGCGUUGUUUUGAUAGAUCUGGUUUUGGUAGCUUAUAAUUCUAGACACCUGCGUUGUUUUGAUAGAGCUUGUUUCGUAGCUUAUAAUUCUAAGGAUUUCAGUUUGAACACAGGAGUUCUCAGGGCCUCUUCCAUACCCGUGCCGCCAAAAAGUCUUAGGAAGGGCCUCAUGUAGCCGAGAAAUGAUAGAUAUAGCUGUAGCUAAUAGAAACGUUUCCUUUAGCUUAAUUUUUGAGUAACUACCUUGUAGAAAGGUUCGUAUAGUUGUUAUCAACCCUUCGAGCGGCGAUAGGGUUUCAAGCUAUCUUUACACAAAAUGCCCAUUUGCGGCCGUUGUUCACAUAGAAUAUCAGAGCUUAAUAGUACACUUCAGCCGUCGUAGAAGGAGGCUGCGUUCCCAUUUAUGCAUCCGUUUAGCUUCGAAAGCUCAGGUCCUCAUGGAAAGGGUAAUGACCAUAUCAUAAGUCUUCAUCACGGCCUACUCGGGCCCUCCCCGCCAUUCUCCUGCUCUCUCUGCCGUUUAAUCCUCUCCUCGGCGGCUCUCGCAAGCACCUCCCUUCGACUCAACCCUGCCUCCCCCCUUUCCGGCCCGCCGACCCCCUCAGUCCCCGUCGCGGCACCAAGCACAAAC